CUCUCAGCGUGAGGGGGCAAUGGCGGCGGCGGCCGGGGGAGGCUGAGGCUGAGGCGGCGGCGGCGCGUUGGAGUUGCUGCCGCGGGCGCUGACGAGCCCCCGCCGCCCCGCGGGCUCCGGGAGGAGCCGUCUUGUCCCGCCGCGCCGGUCCGGCAUCCCGCGGAGGAGAUGCGGUAGCGAGGGGUGACUCCAGCUGGCUGUCACGGCACCUUGGGAGGCGAUGGAGCCGCUGCCCGAGCUCUACUCCAUCUUCCAGGGCGAGGUCGCUGCAGUGACAGAUUAUGGGGCCUUUAUCAAAAUCCCAGGCUGCAGGAAACAAGGCCUCGUGCACAGGACUCAGCUGUCCUCGUGCCCCGUGGACAGCCCCGCAGAGGUGCUCGCCGUGGGGGACACGGUCUGGGUGAAGCUCGUCGGCAGAGAGAUGAAGGAUGACAAACUGAAGCUCUCCCUCUCCAUGAAGGUUGUUCACCAAGGCACGGGGAAGGACCUGGAUCCCAACAACGUUUCCCUUGAUCAGGAGGAGAGGAGGAAACGCACCUUCAGGGACUACACGAGCCAGAAGAUCACCCUGGAGGCUGUGCUGAACACAGUGUGCAAGAAAUGUGGCUGCAAAGGUCACUUUGCCAAGGAGUGUUUCAUGCAGCCUGGAGGAACCAAAUACAGCCUCAUUCCAGAGGAGGAGGAAGAGGAGGGGGCAGCAGCAGGACGUGAAGGAGAUAAAAAGAUCAGCCAGGCUGAGGAGUCUUCCAAAAAGAGGAAAAAGGAGAAGAAGAAGAGGAAGAAGCACAAGGCCAAGCAGUCCUCGGAGUCGGACUCGGACAGCUCGGCCUCGGACAGCGACGGAGCUCAGCCCUCCAGCAAGAGGCCCAAGCGCUCCGGGAAAGCCAGCAAGGCUCCCAAGAAGAAGAAGAAGAAGAAGAAGCACAAGAAGUAGCCCUGGGGUGAGCAGGGCAGGCUGGGCUGCUGCCACGGCCAUUCCCUGGUGCAGCCAGCGGGGAUCAGCAGCUCUCCUGCUCCAGGGACAAGGAGUUUCCUUCUCAAAGUAAUGUGGUGUUACGGGUGUUGACCUGGCUACGAGCUGUCCUCUGUCACCUUGGGCACAGGCUGUCCCUUUGUCCCACAGCUGCUGCCAGCACAGGCUCGUGACACCCUGCAGGGCACCCCUGGUGUCCCGCUGGCAGCUGGGGGACAGCAGCCCUGCAGAGGUUGGGGUGGCACAGCCAGGCCCACACCGUGGUGGGGACAGGGUUUGGUGGGACCACAACCCCCUGGCACAGAGCUCUGGGCUGCAAACCUGCCCCGGCUCCCUCGGUCUCUCUGCAAACACCAGGAGUGGAGGAGCAAGGAGCAAGUGGGGGAGUGCAGAUACUGGGAGUAAACAUGGACUGUGGAGUGUUUGCUGCCUUGGAAAGGGAUGGAAAAUAAAUCUCUGCUCUCUCCAGCUGAA